GCACGCGGCGGCGGCGGCGGCGGCCACUCGGCAUAUAAGCAGCUGCUCGCGCUCAGCGCCUCUUCAGACUGCGAAGGGAUCCCCGAGAAGCGCAACGCAUAGCGCCGAGCAGCCGAAAACAGGGACGGCAGUCUUUUUUUCCUCCCCUUUCCCCCGUUUCUCCGAAAAGAAGCAAGACGACGCUUUGUAACUCCUGCAGGACUCGCCUUCUUUUAACAGCUACCGGCAGAGCUCAGUCACUUUGCCCAAGCCUUGCCAUUUUUUGAGGCAGGGGGAUUGUUCAGGCUCUCUUUCCCUCCCUUUGUUUUUUGUCCGCUUUGAAUUGGGAGAGGGGGGAAAAGAUCAGACGUUCUGCCUUUAACAGCAGUGAUGAACUAUCAGACUAUCAACUUCGUCCUGGCUCUUGCCCUUCUUCAAUUAGUGCAUGGGGCGUUUUCUUCCUGCCCUUCUGCUUGCCAGUGUCCUCUAGAGGUCCCAAGAUGUGCUCCAGGAGUUGGUCUGGUUCUGGAUGGCUGUGGAUGCUGUAAAGUCUGUGCUAAACAGCUCAACGAGGACUGUAGCAAGUUGCAGCCCUGCGAUCACACCAAGGGGCUGGAAUGCAAUUUCGGCGCCAGUUCCACAGCUCCAAAGGGGAUCUGCAGAGCACAGUCAGAAGGGAGACCCUGUGAAUACAACUCCAAAAUUUAUCAGAAUGGAGAGAGUUUUCAGCCCAACUGCAAGCACCAGUGCACAUGCAUUGACGGAGCUGUGGGCUGUAUCCCACUGUGCCCACAAGAACUCUCCCUUCCUAACUUGGGCUGCCCAAACCCAAGGCUGGUGAAAGUCCCUGGCCAGUGCUGUGAGGAGUGGGUCUGUGAUGACUCCAAAGAUGCCCUGGAGGAGCUGGAAGGUUUCUUUGGCAAAGAAUUUGGUCUGGAUGCUUCAGAAGGGGAAUUAACCAGGAACAACGAGCUAAUAGCCAUUGUGAAAGGAGGGCUGAAAAUGCUACCUGUCUUUGAUUCGGAGCCACACAGUCACUCGUUUGAGAAUCCAAAAUGCAUUGUGCAAACAACCUCAUGGUCACAGUGUUCAAAGACCUGUGGGACUGGCGUCUCCACCCGAGUCACCAAUGAUAACCCCGACUGCAGACUAGUCAAAGAAACCAGGAUAUGUGAAGUGAGGCCAUGUGGGCAGCCUAGCUAUGACUCCUUAAAGAAGGGAAAGAAAUGCACCAAGACCAAAAAAUCCCAAGCUCCAGUGAAAUUCACGUAUGCAGGAUGCUCCAGUGUGAAGACGUACCGCCCCAAAUACUGUGGUUCGUGUGUGGACAGCAGAUGCUGCACUCCUCAGCAGACCAGGACUGUCAAGAUCCGGUUUCGCUGUGACGAUGGAGAGACCUUCACUAAGAAUGUCAUGAUGAUCCAGUCCUGCAGAUGCAACUACAAUUGUCCCCACGCAAAUGAGGCCUACCCUAACUACCGGCUAUUCAAUGAUAUCCACAAAUUUAGGGACUAAGUUGUGAUGUGUGCAGGCUUGAGCAAGAGGCUUGGUUGUUGUUUUGUUUAAACAUUUUUGAAGUAACAACAGUGGAAAAAUGAACUCUUGAUGGAAGUGUUGCCUUCGCCCAUGGGAGGGCAACACUGAGACUCGAGAAUGCACUGUGCAACUGGAUACUAAUGCAACAGUUUGAGCAUACUUAAAGCUUCAUAAUACUGGAGCAAUCUUAUUGCUUCAUUUUGGAGCACUUUCAUGAUUACUGAUUUCUGUUUGUAACUGAUUGUUUCUACGUUUGUCUGUCCGUCUGUCCUGGGUAUGAAAACCUUCAGUUCUCUACUGUUCAGUAUAACAUCACAUAUUUGUUGUUGUUCCAAACUCAUAUUGGAGGUUACAUUCCUUCCUAAGGUGGGCACUUGUGGAGUUCUCAUCUCUGGCAGCUAUAGGUACCAGCUAUAUAAUUCAUACCCGCAAACAGAAAUUGGUGGGCUUUAAAGCUGAAUAUUUUAUUUAUCGAAAUGUAGCUUCUUUUUUUUUGAGGAAACAAUCCCUAAUACUGGAAUAAGUUGUAAAUGAUUUA